AUGGCCGUGGGCUGCAGGGUCCCGAUGCUGGCAGGAGGAGAGCAUCGCCCCAGCCCCGGCGACAGCUGCGGCCCCAAGGUCUCUCUCCAGAUGUUGGCAUCACUGGUGCAUGCCCGGCACGCUGAGCCCCGCAGGCAGCACCCCCCUGUUUCUCGGCCAGCAUCUCAGGGUUCCCCCGCGGUGCCCCCCAGCCCUGCCAUGGCGCUGGAGCUGGGGGCCGAGGCGCUGCUGGACCUGAGCUUCCUGACGGAGGAGGAGCAGAGAGCGAUCCUGGAGGUGCUGCGUCGAGACUGGCAGCUGCGGCGGCGCGAGGAGGGGCGCAUCAGGAAGCUCCGCAAGUCGGUGUCGGACCCGACGCAGCUGAAGACCCUCACUGGGGACUGGUUCUGCGAUGCCCGCGCCGAGCGCCACCGGCACCACCUGGGCUCCGACCUCGUGCGAGCCUCCAUCCGCCGCAGGAGGAGACCCCGAGGAGCAGGGGACUUGGAUGGCCACAGCCUGGGUGAGCUGGAGGCCAUCGGCGAGCCACUGGCAGAGGAGAAGGAGGAUGAGGAUGGUGUGACAGAUCCAGAGGAGAGCCCUGCUCUGGAGGAGGAGGUGACGGCAGCUGUGGAGUCCCAGCCCAGCCCCACAGCCCCAGCUCUGGAGGAGCCGCUGGUGUCACAGCCCCUGCGACUAGCUGGCGCUGCAGCGAGGGAGCAGGACCCAGCCCAGGCAGGUGGGAACCCUUUUGGUACGUCCAGCGCUGAGGAAGAGGAGGAUGAGCCCAGCUCUGUGCACAGUGACCCUGACGCUGGGCAGGGGGCAGGGCCCCCCCAGGUGGAUCAGGGCUCCCCGGGGCAGCUGUCCCCACAGAAUGGCCACGUCCCCCCGAGCCUGCUCAGCACCAGCUCCUCUGUCUCCAGCCUCAGCUCCUCCACGCUGAGCGGCAGCCUGAGGAGUCUGUACAGCGAGGCGGAGCUGGGCGCCGUGGCCGUCAGGGGCUGCGUGCAGCUCUCGCUCCGCUAUGAGCCGGCGCAGAAGGAGCUCCAGGUCCAUGUCCUGCGCUGCCGCGAGCUGGCCGAGGCCAAGAAGCAGCACUCGGACCCGUACAUCAAGACCUACCUGCUGCCAGAUAAGUCCAACCGCAGCAAGCGCAAGACCGCGGUGAGGAAGAGGAGCUUGGAUCCCAUCUUCAAUGAGACCCUCAAGUACAAACUGGAGAAGAGGGACCUGCAGGGCCGGACCCUGAACCUCUCGGUGUGGCACCACGACAGCCUGGGCAGGAAUCUCUUCCUGGGGGAGGUGGAGAUCGCGCUGGGUGCCUGGGACUGGGCCAAUACCAGCCCUGAGUGGUUCAGCCUCCAGCCUCGGACACCUGUAUCAUCAGACAGCCUCCCCAGCCGGGGCAACCUCAACCUGGCACUGAAGUUCAUCCCUGCUGGCUCAGAAGGCAGGGGGAUGCCCCCCACAGGGGAGCUGCACAUCUGGGUGAAGGACGCCCAGAGCCUCAUCCCUCUGCAGAGGGGCACCGUAGACGCCUUCGUGCAGUGCUACGUGCUGCCGGAUGACAGCAAGGGGAGCCGGCAGAAGACUCGGGUGGUGAGGAGGAGCCUCAACCCCCUCUUCAACCACACCAUGGUCUAUGAUGGCUUCCAGGCCAAGGACCUGGCUGAGGCCUGUGCAGAGUUCACCCUCUGGCACCAUGAAGCCUUCUCCAAGCGCCAGCUGGGUGGCAUCCGGCUCAGCCUGGGCACAGGGAGCAGCUAUGGGCUGCCCGUGGGCUGGAUGGACUCCACGGCGGAGGAGCGCAGGGUGUGGGGCCGCCUGCUGCAGCAGCCUGGGCACUGGGUGGAGGCACUGCUGCCCCUCCGCACCAACCUCAUCCCCCGGGCAUAG